GUGGGCGGAGGAGCAGGCAGCCAGAGGUGAAGUUACCCCCAUAGGACCGAUCAGAGGUCAGUUCUGAAAUGUUCCCUUUGAAGCUAAUGGUAGAGAAAAAGGCUGGAGACACUGAUCCUCUGUCAGUUUAGUUAAAGUGCUCCGCUACGCACUUUGCGAACGACGUGAAAGGAUAAACAUAGACAGCUAGGCUUCAGCUAGCAUGCAAAUAGUUGAUAUUUAUAAGCUAUUAUCAUGAUACCAAAGUUAAAAACUAUAAUUAUAACCCCAAUAAGUCCUCCUAAGGUACCUUGACGACAAGUUGUGGUCGUUAACGUUGUUUGGGAUAGCUAGGAGCAGAGACCCAGACCAGACGUCCAUCAUAAUCCGCAGUGUCAACAUCUCCAUCCAGCUCAUUGUGCUGGAGGUUACAACGUGAGCAAGCCUGCUUCAGUCCGCUAUGCAAGCAAACACAACGCGGGGCUUCCUGUGGUCGGACGUAGAGACGAGGACCUUGUUGAACAUCUGGGGGGAGCAGGACAUCCAGACGGCUCUGGAUGGAAACUUCCGAAACAGCUUCGUGUACCGCGACGUCUCCCGGAGGCUGGCCGCGAUGGGGUUCGAACGGACGCCUGAACAAUGCAGGGUGCGGAUCAAAAGCCUCAAGAGACAGUACUUGUUAGCAAAGGAGGGUAAUCUACGGAACAACGGGCAGUAUCACAAGAUUUGUAAGUUCUAUGACACCAUGGAGAGGAUUCUGAGCAACCGGCCCGCUCUUGACCCGCAGGAGUUCAUAGAGAGCGGGAUGGGAGGAGAGGAGGCCGGGGAUGGCCUGGAGGAGGAUGUAGAGGAUGCUCAGGAUGGAUACUCAGAGAGCACAGGGGAGUGUCCUUACCCAGCUGAGACUGAAGUAAAGUUGGAAUACCCGACUGUUCCCAUCUCUAUUCCUGUCAAAGUCACAGUGGGAAACAACAGCACUUCAGCACGACCGCAACACAGCAGCCAGUCAGCCAGUAAUUUAUCGGCCAGAACGCCAAAACGUCCCCGAAAGCGGCGCUCCAACUUCCCCAUGGAGAAAUUGAUGGAGCAGUUCCUGGAGCAGAGCGCCCAGGCCGAGGACAACUUUUAUCGCAUUGAGGAGCAGCGCCUGCAGGCUGAAGACCAUCGCAGAGAAGUCGAACACACCAGAGAGCUCCACAUGCUGCAGAUGCUCGGGCAGAUGUUUUCGAAUCUCACCUCCGCAAGACCUGGGUCUGCAGCCUCUCCCUCCAAAACAGCUCCUCCUCCUCCUCCUCCUGUGUUCUCCAGUGCCUCCUCCUCAUCAUGUACACGUGGACAGUCCGGCCACCUUAAACGCCCUUCACCUCAGAGAGACUGUUUCACCCGACAACGUCAUCUCUCAAGCCCCGAUCCUCAGGCAUUAGUGUUUGAACGCUGCUACAGUUUGGGCUCCUCAUCACACAGAGGCAUGGAGGAUGACUUCCUGUCACUUGCAAAGAGUAUAGUUCCUCCACUGACAUCCAAGAAGCACAAGGGACAAGACGGACGCAUUGGGAUCAUUGGAGGAUGCCAAGAAUAUACAGGAGCUCCUUACUUUGCUGCUAUCUCAGCACUAAAAGCAGGGGGUGACCUGUCCCAUGUUUUCUGCACCAAAGAUGCUGCGACUGUUAUCAAAUCAUACAGCCCUGAGCUCAUAGUUCACCCUGUUCUGGACAGUCCUAACGCAGUGGAAGAGAUAGAUAAAUGGCUCCCAAGACUGCACAGCCUUGUUGUGGGACCAGGACUUGGGAGAGAAGACUUGUUAUUGAAAACAGUAAAGGAGGUGAUCGAGAAGUCCAAAACAAGAGAUAUCCCUAUAGUCAUUGAUGCAGAUGGAUUAUGGCUAGUUACACAGCAACCAUCUGUUAUCCAAGGGUACCAGAAGGGCAUCCUUACUCCUAACUUCAUGGAAUUCACUCGACUGUAUGAAGCACUGCAUCACGAGCCCAUGGAUAGCAGUGAUCAUCAGCGCAAUGUCAUGCAGCUCAGUACAGCCAUGGGGAACCUGACUGUGGUGCUUAAAGGAGAGCAGGAUCUCAUAUCUGAUGGCAGUAAAGUCAUCACAUGCAGCCUUGAGGGCAGUGGGAGAAGAUGUGGAGGACAGGGGGAUCUGCUAUCAGGAUCUCUAGGACUUUUGGCACACUGGGCUCAUGCUGCUUCUGCAGCUGGAGUGUUCAGAAGUGGGAAUCCAUCAGUGGUUGCAGCAUUUGGGGCCUGUUCUCUCACAAGACAGUGCAACAAUCAAGCAUUCCAGCGACAUGGCAGGUCCACUACCACAUCAGACAUGAUCCAGGAGAUUGGAUCAGCCUUCAGCAAGCUUUUUGAAAGUUGAAAAUAUAUAUAUGAUGUAUAAUAAAUAAAUAUACAAUACAUCAUAUUUUUGUUUUAAAUAGCUAAUUUAAGAAUUAAUUUUGACAAGUGGAUGCCUUUCAAAAUGAACACUUACUAGAAAUUUAAGAAAUUUUACUGAAGGUUUCGUGUAAAACACGGCAUUUUUAUUUUUAUGUAACAUUUUAAAGUGCACAUUUCCACUUGCGUUGUUGCAGUGGCUGGUGAAUGGCAUUAUACUAUCUGAGAGCUAACAGCUCAUUUGCAAAUCCAAGUGUCAUUUUACAGGCCUGUCAUAUUGGCAGAAAGUCAGAUAUUUUCAUUUAACCCAAAAAAACCACUGAUUUAUGUUGAAGUUUAGACCCGUAGUUAGAUAAUAUUAUUAAUGCUUUCAUCAAACAUGUUUGGACCAUGAAGAUUUCCAAACUUGCUAAAGACACAGGAAAUAUCAAUCCACUGUAAACCAUAAACCUGUUUCAGAUAUGAAAUAAAUUACAAAUAAGAUUU